CUACUGUAAAUGGCUUUUGAAUAUAUACUGUGCGCCCAAGUGUUUUCAGCUACAAACAUGCGCUAAUGCUUUGUGAAACGAUGAGAUUUCUGGUGCAGCAUGUUGGGGGUUUCGCGCAGUGUCAGUGUCACUACAUUACCGCUUGCAUGCAUUUAUUGAAAGAACGGAUUGCAAUGUCAAUCGGAGGAAUGCGCUGAUCUCGGGAACUAUAGAGCAGACACAGGAGGGCCUGAAUUAGCCUCAUCGAUGAGCCAAACUGAGAUGGAGAUGUCUGCGGGUCUCGCGGAGGGCACGCAGAGGACUGGUACGGUGAAGAGGAAGAUGUGGGGGGGUCUGAGGCAGCAGUGGAAGCUACUGGGCCUGUUUGAGAUCGACCAGCAGCACGAUUUCUACAGCCUCACCUCUAUGAUGAAGGAAGGCCUCUCUGCAGCUGUGCAGAACACCAUCGACAACCCACCACCGGAUGAAUUGUCGGAAGAUGACUACAGAUUGGAGGUCACUCAAAUACAUAAGGCCUUCAGAAUGGAGACGUUUGCAGGGCCAGUGUUUGCCAGCUUGCGUCGCUCCCUGGGGAUGACAGAAAAGGAGUAUCAGCACUCUCUCUCCAACGACGGUUCCUACCUGCAGUUCAUCAGCAACUCCAAAAGCAAGGCCGACUUCUUUCUCACGAACGAUAAGCGGUUCUUUCUGAAGACCCAGAACAAGAGAGAGGUGCAAUUCCUCCUGUCCAACCUAAGAAUCUACAUGGAGCACCUAGAGAAGUAUCCUCAUUCACUGCUGGUCAAGUUCUUAGGUGUCCACAGGAUCAAAAUUCCACAUAGGAGGAAGAAGUACUUUAUUGUAAUGCAGAGUGUUUUUUACCCUGACGAUCGAAUAAAUGCCAGGUAUGACAUCAAGGGUUGUGAGGUGAGCCGGUGGACAGACCCAGCUCCAGAGGGAAGUCAGGUUAUCGUUGUUCUCAAGGACUUGAACUUCGAGGGCCAGUACAUCACUUUGGACCAGCACCGUCCAUGGCUGCUCCGGCAGGUGGAGAUUGACACGUCGUUCCUGCAGACACUCAACGUGCUGGACUACAGCCUCCUGGUGGCUCAUCAGCCCCUGCACCAGGAUGAACGCCACCAGUGCCUGUCCUUCGCCACCCUUAUCAUGCGCACUAAAAAGUCAGUGAUCACAUGCUCAAGCCCCACCCAUGCGGGUAUGCCCACUGUUCCGGGGGUGGUCCCAGAGGAAGAUUCCGCCCUGUUGGUAUCAGAGAUGGACGGUGGGACAGGAAGUUGCAGCGUUACUGAGUCACGGGUAGGAAGUGACCUGGGCAGUGCCCCUUCCGGGAGACCCUGUACUAAGCAGCCGGUGGGAACGGUCACGGAUUCGAUGGAACUGCGAGACUUCCAGGCCCAGAACCGCCGGCUGCUGCCCAACUUCAGAAACCCGCUGCACGUCAUUGACGGACCGGAGCAUCGCUACUUUGUGGGCAUCAUCGACAUCUUCACUGUCUACAGCUUCAAGAAGAGGCUGGAGCAUUGGUGGAAGAGACUGCGGCACCCAGGGCAGGCCUUCUCCACCGUCAGCCCCCCCGCUUACUGCCAUAGGCUCUGCCAGUGGGUACAGGACCACACCAGGUAGACUCAGAAAGAGGGGAGGAUGAGGAUGGUUACUCCCACUAGCACGCUGUCUGCCCAGGGACACCCACGCACGCAAAUACACACACAAAGACUAGCAACUGUGACGCUGUUCAGAGACAUAAAGCUAUUCUUUUAAAGCACUGUAAUUUCAGAUUGACCAAGAGUCAGUUAUUUUCAUGUUUCCACAUGUCCAGACCAAAGCCAAAACGAACAUAAACCAUUAUAUGGAAAUAUAUUAUUCACCACAGCGGAUAAAUGGGUUCUCCCUCUUCAUAUUCUUUCAUUUUUUUUAAGUAACAAAGAAAAAGGUGCAACAUUUCAAAUCUAGUGCUAUGAAUUGAUUAGCUGAUUUUCCAAAGUAUAAUCGUUUUUGAAUUGUUGAAGUUUAGUUUAGUUCGUGAAUCAAUAAUGAAAACCAUAAUUAUUUUUCAGAUUUGCCAUCUGUUUAAAAAAAAUGUUUUUUACGUUUGACUCCUAUGGAUUUUUUUUCUCCUAAUUUAACUUUGACGUUUUGAUAAAUGUUGUAUAUUGUUGUAUGUUUUUUUUAAGUGCCUUUCUUACGCACUUCUCAGUAGUUGGUAUUCAGACUUACUUAUGCAGGUGCGUAAUGGGCUUUGCAGUCGUGGUUCACUUGCGCGCGCGCUGAAAACAUACACCUUUAAAUACAGUGUACCUUUCAUUUUGACGACAUUAACUAGAUUGGGCUCAGAAUAUAAGGAUCAAUGAAUGAAACCCAUCUAAAGAUAUGCAUAUUCAUGUCCAUUUCAGGGCCAACUAGUCGACCAACUAGUUUAUUUAGGCACAUUUUGGGUUAAGAAAGUAUGUAUGAAUCAUAAAAAAGUACAGGGUUUGGAGAGCUUUUACACACUAAAUGCAGUGCAUUCGGAAAGUAUUCAGACCCCUUGACUUUUUCCACAUUUUGUUACAUUACAGCCUUACUUAUAUAGUGAAUGAAUGCACUGUAUAUUGAUGGAUAAAAAAAUAGUGGUUUGAUUCAUCGUGAAAGUUUAAGUUCAACCCAUGAAAUAUUGGAAGGUGUAAAAAAAAAGAAGGUGUACAAUAGGGGUUGAACAAUAGUCCUAUAUAUCUACACUAUCAUCACUAAUCGUGGAACUGUAUGACAAUGGUCCAGUCAUGGUAGACCGUGCACCAGGCUACAGGUUUAACCUGCUACGAGUGGCCUGAGUUCCAUAAUGAUUAAAAUGUUCCAAAUUAUGGCACAGUGUUAGCCUAAUAUAAUCCACUAAUGCUAGCGACCCUCAGGAACAACUACACGGACGUGACAGAGGAAAGAAAGGUCAACGGAAUGGAAUGCUGCAAAAUGUAGGAAAUUGACAGUUAGAAAUGUUGUGGGUAUUAUGGAUGAUGGCUCCCAAUUGUGGCUAAUAUUUAACUCGAUACAAAUUGUAAACCAAAACGUAGAAAAGCGCGGGCAAAGAAUUAAAUCUAGAAUCAUAAACCAAUUCGGUAGGUUGGGUGCUAUACUGUCAUUUGCUCAUUGGCUAUAAAAACCUAUACUAAAGCUUGGGUCUCUGUACUUAAUUCCUGCAAGUUAUAAGGCCAUCAUUUUAUAAACUUCACUAUGUAAAAGUUGAUAUGCUUCAGUUUGCUGCCAUGACUGGUUUCACAUUUGUCUCCAGCGAUCAUAAUAAGACAAUAUAGAUCUAAAACAAGUGUAAUUUAUAUUUACAAUCCCCUUAUCCAAAUGGUUAACUCAUUUACUUACCUCUGAUCAAUAGCUCUUAUCAAGUUGUAAAUUACAGUGCAUGGAGAAUGCUGUUAUUUCACUCGCAAAAAGAAAGUACAUGCUUUUUCCACUCUGAACCAGCAGGUUUGCUCGACCUUAUUCAUGGUUUCCUCCCGCAUAAAGGUGGUGAAAUUAUGAGUUGAGUUAAGUCAAGCUCAGAACAUGGCGUAUCUGUAGACAUACCUCCGCCACACCUUCAUUUCUUAGAUCUGCACCCUGAACGAAUAGCGGGUGAAUGGCAUGCUAUUCUCAUGCUUAAGGGGAUACCUCGGGAUUAUCUACUUGCCCAGAGUCAGAUGAACUCUGUGUCUAGUACGGAAGUUAGAGGUCAUUUUGUGAGCCAAUGCUAACUAGUUUUAGUGCAAUGACUAGAAGUACAGUAUAUGGGUAUCUACUAGCAUGCUAGCAGAUACCUAUAGACUUCCAGUCAUUGCGCUAAUGCUAGUUAGCAAUUGCACUAGUGCUAGUUAGUAACUUCCUUCAAACUGCACCAUUGCCAAAAUUCCGAAGUAUCCCUUUAAGUUCAAUGUCAGAAUACAUAUAGAGAGAAAAAUGCAAAUUGUUCCAUUUACGCGCGCAUAACUCUGGUCAGAAUUCCGCCCCCAAGUGAAUAUACACUCCUGAUAAAACGGUGCAUGACUGUGGUUCUGCAGUAUAUUGUUUAUUUAUUUAUUCUUUAUGCAGUUAUGGCAAGGUCAGCAUAAAGGGGUAAUGUUUCAAAAUGCCGACAAACAGCUGUCAUUUUAUACGACUGCCUAGUGGCGCAGCGGUCUAAGGCACUGCAUCUCAGUGCAAGAGGCGUCACUACAGUCCCUGUUUUGAAUCCAGGCUCUAUCACAUCCGACAGUGAUGGGAGUAACGGAGGGCGGCAUAAUUGGCUCAGCGUCGUCCGUGUUUGACUGGGGUAGGCCAUCAUUGUAAGUAAGAAUGUGUUCCUAACUGACAUGCCUAGUUAAAUAAAAUAAAUAAACACAAAUUGUUAUUCUGGUGGUUUUUACGUUUUAGCUUAUUUUUGACUUACCUGAAGUUGGGACACCCUAGGUAAAUUGAAAAUAAGCUAAAACUUGUGAACUAUCCCUUUAAUAAGCUAAAACUUGUGAAUUAUCCCUUUAAUGUUGCCUCAGCAGAGAUAUUACUUACACUGUCCAAUUUUACAGCAAAAUGCAGGCUACACACUUGGGGCCUCGAGUUCUUAGUAUUUGCUGUUGGAAAUAUAACCCAAAUGUGAUUUACACCUGCUUAGGUGCUCUCCGUUCUGCACCUCACCUGGGACACCCAGUGUCAGUCAGGGAAAUAUGUGGAUUUCGGAGGUUUUUCCACAUUGACUGGGUCAGAAUUGUUUUUCAAAGUAAGGCACUGUAUUUACAGGGUUUUAGUUGUCUCUGGAAAAAAUAAUAAAUACCCUGAUUUAAGGACUGGGAUAUGUGGUGACCACAUGUUCACUAAUGUAGCCUACUUCAUUGAUACAGUAAAAGUGUGGAUUGGCAACUCCAACUCUCUCCUGGCUCAACUUGUUUAACCCCUAAGUCAUGUUUGUGCCUUCUGCCUGCAAAUGGUAUGUGCUGAAACCUUUUCUCAAUGCAUAAAUAACUUUUACGAGUUAAGUUGUGUGUAAAGUUUGCUUAUUUGCUUACUGGGCUGU